UAGCGGAUCAACUAUAGCUAUUAGGACUUUGGAGACGGCUGCUCUGAAAAGUUCGUUUGAUGUACAUCCGUACAGCGUAUAGCAUCUCCCUAUGCUUCAUUUUCCUUGAAUCUUUCCCUGCAUACUGAGUUGGAGCAAAUUGUUUUGGCCCAUACAUGGCAACAUUUUUCAUACGAAUUUCUAGUUACAUACAACCUAUUUUUUCAUGUCGUAAGGUCAAACCCAGUUAUACCAGGAAAUUGAUUAUUCUCUACAUAUAAAAACUUCUGUGUCUGUCUGUGUCUGUGUGAAAGUGUGUCCUUUUAGGUGACACAACAGAUCGAACACAACAAGCCAUGUGUAUUUUUUUCGGUACACAGUGUUGAGGACAUGCAGUGUGUAUCUAAAAGAAUACACUGGCGCUGGGAGUGUUAAUUAUUGCAUAUUUGAAACCCAAAACAUAGCUUAUGCUAUUUUAGAAGACUCAUACUAACUUACCUACUUUAAGUAUGUAAGUUUUUUCUAAUAAAUAUUGAGCCACUGACACAAGCUAGCUUUAUUGAGUAGCGACUGCAUCAUUUAAGCAGUGAGCCCAUGUAUAUGUUUAUCAAUCGUGGCCUAGCUACACAUUAAAAUUGUUUCGUUGAUCAUUCCCUGCUUUGCUUUCUUCAGCGUGCACACUGAUUUUUGUACAGCAGCUUUUGUAGCCAAUAGUUACUCUUGUUUGUUUUCUAGAUUUUUCCUAAUCAGGACUUGAUUUCUUUUUGGUUAGUUACUGUCUCCCUUCUACAAUAGAGAGUUUGGGGCUUAUUCGUUAAAGUGUUGGAAUGCUUGUGGGUUUUGAUACAUGUACAUACUACCACAACUCUCAAUACAAAAUUUGAUCAAACUAAACUGAUAGUGUGACCACUAGAUUUUUAUAAUUUGAACAAACUGCAGUUGUGGCGUCACUUCCUGAGUUUGCUCAAACUGUUUGAUCAAAUUAUUUGAUAGUGAAACCACGACUUUAAGGAUUUAAGUAACAUCAAUUUAAUUUGCAAUAAAAAAGAUCAUGAAGAUUUGACGAUGCUUGUAAAUACAUACACCCGAUUUAGAUAAUUUAAGUGACAGAAAUUUUUAAAUUGUCUUGUCAAAUAUACCUACAUGCAACAAAAAUUUAAUCAAAAUUUUCAUAAAAAAAAUUGAAGUGUUUUAAAAGUUUCAAUAUGUAAAAACGAACCACAGAAACGGUUUUUCUCCACAAAGAAACAAAAAUCGUAGCAACAUAUUAAUAAGUGAUACAUACGUUUAAAAAUCCAAAUGUAAAUGAAAUAUGAAAUUUCAGACAUUUUAAAAGGACACAAGACACACGAAAAUGCCGAAGAAAAUCAUAAUUAUAUAAUAUAACAUAUAAUUUCCCCUAAAUUACUAUUCCCCAUAUCCAGUAUAUUUACUUUUAUGUAAAUUAUCUGUUUUUAAUUUUCAUGCAUUUAUAAUUUAAUUUAUAAGAUCUAUUCUAGUGCUGCUGUGUUUGUAUUGAACAACUGAAAUAAAUUAAAAUAAUAUUAUUACUAUACAAUAAUUGUUUAUAUUUUUUAAGAGAUAAAAGAAAUAUUUUAUGAGACUAGGUACAGUCUAGAAAGCAGACUAGUAGAAACGAAUAAAUAGUGUUUUUUUAAUCAAUACUGUUAUUCAAUAUUGAUUUUCUACCACUUUUAUUUCUAUCACAAAAAUUGUCAAUUGUAAGAUAAACAAGAAAUAUUUAUCCGUUAUCUUCGGUCAGCAGACUUGUUUUCUUGAAACGACACUUUGCAUACAAUAUUGGUAUUUAAAUAUCCCGCUCUGUCAUUCUUAAUCAUUUGACCAAUACGAACACAGAUAUCACGUGGGUAGUUCUAACCAAUAAAAUCUUGGAAUUCAUAGCGGUUAUUAACGCUUCGUGUAUCUUUAGGCCAGAGUUGCCAGAUUGGGGUAUUUCCCCCCAUUUUUGGGGUAAUUUGAAAGCGUCUGGGGGAAUUUUUAUAAGCAGAAAUGGUUGGGGGAUUUUUUGGGGGAAGAAUUAAUGGUUGGGGGAUUUUUGGGGGAAGAAUUAUGGAUAAUUUUAACGCUCAUGGUACAUUAAAUUUGUGAAUGUACAUAGAAAGAACUGUAUAUUCUACUCUCAUAUAAUCGAAGAUGAUAGAACAUAUGAAUUAUUUCAGCGCCCUCUGUUGAUAAGUAGUAUAAUUUUGGUUUACUGUUCUCUACAUUUGAGUACUACCGUGUAUUACUCGUACUACUACUGCUAUUAAUUCAUUAGCUUUGUUUGCGGAGACAGUCCAUGACUGGUUUCUGACUGAUUCGCAUGCGCAGUUCCGUUUUUAAGGGCUUGAAAACGGAACUGCGCAUGCGUAUGAGUCAGAAACUAGUCAUGUACUGUCUCCGCGAACAAAGCUAUUAAAAUGCGGCAAAAAUUUAAAUUUGGGGGAUUUGAGCUUCAAUUUGGGGGAAUUUUGGUUUAAAAGUGGGGGAUUUAGAAAAUCGCAUCUGGCAACUCUGCUUUAGGCGCUCCUACUGUUGGCUGUUGUGUCGAAUAGAGGUACCAUAUAGAAUGGCGGAUGAUUUCAUCCAACUUAUUUUAUAACAUCAAGCAAUUUAAAGUAAAGUAAAAAGUUACCACCAAGGAUUGUCUGGAGUGAGGAGACAUGUGGGUGACAACUCCUGUUGGAGUCUAAAUAGGAAUCAUUCGCCAUUUGGGAGAAACCCUACCAUGAAGUCAUAGACCUUAUUUGACCACCUAGAGAAACCACUACAGCCACAGUCAAGUCAUCAUGGGAGUAUGUCUAAUUGGGAGCAAGCUAUGGGAGCGUUCCAGCUCAGUUUUCGUCUUGGCACCUGGGCCUACAGGAGUCAUGGGUCGCACCAUCCUGGUGCAUCAUUUUCUAGGAUGCAACCGCAACCUUUUUAGGAAUCAUUGGGAUUCGUUUGGAAACAAUUAGUGUGUUUUAGUAACUAUUGGUUUUUUUAUAUUACAGACUAUCUGUUAAAUACACUAUGUUUUUUUUCCAGAUUUAGGUUACCUCUGGUUUUUUUUUUUGACAUAUUUGUAUAUUAGAUUAUUUGGUUCCCAAACUUUGUAUCUACGGUAACUUCUUGUGCACAGGAAUAAGCCUAGAGAAAAUUAGGUUUUUAAUACUUUAUUAUUGCUUUGAUAUUGGUUUAUGUAAUUGGGGUAAAUUUAUAUUUUAAUAUUACUAGCUUGUUUCCCAAAUAUUUUACUGUUAUUUGCUUUAUUCCAUUUGUUCGGUUAAUUUAUGUCAUCGUUGUAUGUUAAUUAUUGACUAUAUGCAUAUAUUUUUUUUUCUAGUGUGGUUAUAUUUUACACCUAACUAGAAAUUAUUUUCAGUAUUUAGGUAUUUUAUUUACUUUAUUGAUUUGAUUAUUUAUAUAUUUUGCUGGCAUUUUUGAUUUGUUGGUGUGUCGCUAAUAUUUUCUCCAUAUGUAUCUUUGUCUUACAAACUUUAGAUUAUAUUUUAUAUUUGUUAUUUUUGAUAUUUGGGUUGUUUGGUAAGACAGGCACACACCACAAAGCACAAUCAGUCCACAACAUUAGCUUCUACACAUGAUACGUUGAAUUCGCAUGGUUCGGAUGAUUACAGAUGUUCAUCCAUAAUUUAUUUUCUUUAAUUGGUAGUGUUAAACAUUACAAUGAUAAAUUGUAUAGUUAAGUAGUUCCAUUAUCCAUCUCAGCUCCUAGUUUUGUUAAUUUUGAGAAUAAUAUAUCAACAUGGGUACUAUAUACCACUUAUAUAAAUCAGACAGAUACUUUAGGUUGAGAUUUUAAUAUAAAUUCUUUAUUAGUUAGGAACAUUGAUUCUAUUUUUCUAUUAAGUUAUAGAACAAUCUUCAGAAGAAGAUUACCUUAACAGUGUUGUUCAAGCUAAUCUCUUCUUCUGUUUGUCUUUAGCUUAGCUCAAUCUUUAGUAUGGUUAGAAAUUUUAGUCUAAUUUUUUUUUCCAUCUGAUAAUGCAGGUACCUACAUAAAUUGCUUGAUUUCAUCUUUGGCUUAGUUUUGAUGACUUUUAUUUAUUACUUAUUAAUUUAAUUAUUAUGUAGUACUUUAUGUAUGAGUUUAUUUUUUUUGGUAUUAUAAGCACAUUGAGCAUUGUAAUUAUUAUUAUGAGUCAAUAUUAUUAAUUGCUGAUCCUGUCAGUAGGAUUAUACAAUUAAUAAGUACUUCACUUGUAUUUUUGUCUAGUUUUUGCACACCUAACCCCUAAGUUAGAAGGGUUGUUGAGUAUUAUAUAUUUAUAUAUUUGGAUAGGUGAACUCAUACAAGUACUCUUGGUUAAUAUGUAUAUUAUGAUGGAACUAUGUUACACUACCAUAUCUCAGGUUAUGUGUUAUAUUAUUUUGAAUAUUUGAUUACUUACUAAUUUUAUAUUAUUUUUAUAUCUAGUUAUGAAUUUGCCAUAUUGGAAAGAUGUGAUUUUUAAUUUGUUAUUGGGUUACUCUAUUAACAUUAUUUGUCUCCAAUAUCUUAAACACUUUAUAAUAAUUUAUAUCCUUCUAUCCUACACAGUAUGAUUCUGGAAUUAGUUUGGAAUUUUUAUGUAAGUAUGUAUGAAUUCUUGAGUCUUUCAUAUUUCUUCUUAGAAACUACUUAGUCUAUUGAUGCUCAAAGUUGGUGAAUACGUGGGUUCGAAGUUCAGCAAGGCGCCAUUGCUAUCCGAUUUCGCAAUCUAUGUCUUUCAUUGCAGAGUAGACAGAUGUUUAUCUAUCAUAAUAUUUCUGGUCAGGAAAUGUCUGCAGCAGGUCCUAACCAUUCUAGUGUUAGUCCAAUUAUUCCAGUUACAUUUUACCAUUUGAUAGGGAAGUGUUUAGUUUAUAUUAUGUCUCGUACUUCAUAGUAUGUCUGUUUGUUGACUAUCCCUAUACAUAGUAGAUCCCUUAAUUUAGUAUUUGAGGUGUUUAGACAAAUGAGUUGUUCAUUUGAGUAUAUUCCCACUUCUUUCCUUAUUCAUUAGUUUUGUUAUUAAGAUUCUAGAAUAUUUCCUGAAUAAUUCUAUGUACCUAUAUGAGAGCGCAUGAAUCUGCAGUUUUAAUCUAAAAUUGUUGCUCGUUCUCGUCAAUUUUUUUUUCCUAUCUCUUAUCAUAGUGUCAUAGAACUUAUGAGUUCAUCAUUUAUUCUUUUUCUUUCUUACUUAUUCUUACGUUAUUAGUACUUUAUCUGUGUCUGGCUAUUCUCAUACAUCUGUUGUAGCAACAUGCUAUAGUUCGCGAAUACCAGCACGAAUUAAGUUUAUGUAGUUUCUAUAAUAUUCUAGUCAAUACACUUUAGGUAUUUAUCUUACCUUUGAUUUAGUUUGGUUACAUCUCUGUUACUUAGUCUGUUAGUAAUUUAUUCUGACUUAUUUUGAUUACUUAGUUUGGAUAGGUUCAUAUUACCGGAUGAGGGUGUAUGUAGGCCUAAUUUAUUUAUUUUGUUCAGUAUUAGUUACCAUUGGAUCCAAUAAUUUAGUUUAUUUAGUAUUAGUAAGAAUUGGUCCAUAAAUUUGCCUGAUCGUUCUUCUUUGGAUAUACUCCUAUAUAAAUCUGGUGUCCAUUGAUAGUCCGAUUCUGGAUAAGUGUCCGAUUCUUCAUUUAUUUUGUGUAUUUGGUUGGAUAGGUUCGUAUUACCGGAUGUGGGUGUACGUAGACCUGAUCUGUUUAUGUGGAUUAGUAUUGGUGUGAAUUGGUCCAUAAAUUUGCCUGGUCGUUCUUCUUUGGAUAUGCCUUUUAUGAAUCUGGUGUCCACUGAUAGUUCGACUUUGGAUUAAGUGUCCGAUUCCACAUCUAUUUUGGUUAUUGAGUUUUGGAUUCCUUUGGUAUGGUUAUUAUUGGUAUUAUUUGGCAUUAGUGAGAGUUGUUCCAUAAAUCUUCCUGAUUGUUCUUCUCUGGAUAUACUAUUAUGAAUCUGGUGUCCAUUGUUAGUUCAAUUUUGGAUUAAGUGUUCAAUUCUUUACUUAUUUUAGUUACUGAUUUUUUUUAUUCACUUUGGUACAUUUACUUUUGAUAUGGUUCGAAUUGGCUCACACCUUUUCCUGGUUGUUCCGUCCUUGGAUAUACCCUUUAUAAAUCUGAUGUCCAUGGAUAGUUCAAUUUUGGUUUUGGUGCCCAGUUCGACACUUAGUUAUUAGUAUGAACUUUAGUGCAAUAUUUAGUUCUGUUUUGACUUUUAAGCAAUAUUAUGUCAAUAUUUGGUAGCAGAGAGUAACAGUAACAUUUUAGUAUGAAUUUGAGUCAUAUAUUUAUUUUUCCUUGAUCAUUAGUUUAUAUUUAGAAGUAAUCUUGCGAAUCAACGUGGAUUGUUAGACUAUUGUAAAUUUAGUUGUUAAUAUUUUGAAGUUUAGGAAAAAAAUUUUAUGGAUAAAAUUUUUUUCCCGAGUAGAAGGGGAUUGUAACGGUCACGUUACGAAAUUAGCUCUUUAAUUAUUAUUAUAAUUAUUUUUCCUCGGUCUCCAUUUAAAUUCUCUAAUUUCUCGUAUAGGACUACUGGGGUGACGUCAUACCUCGGUGAUGGAACGUACUCCACCUAUCGAGAAUGAUUUCGUUUUCUGAGAGAGUUUGACGUUUACCUUGGCGGAGAAGCGCCUCUCGUUCUUUACUUGACUGUUGGCUGUUGUGUCGAAUAGAGGUACCAUAUAGAAUGGCGGAUGAUUUCAUCCAACUUAUUUUAUAACAUCAAGCAAUUUAAAGUAAAGUAAAAAGUUACCACCAAGGAUUGUCUGGAGUGAGGAGACAUGUGGGUGACAACUCCUGUUGGAGUCUAAAUAGGAAUCAUUCGCCAUUUGGGAGAAACCCUACCAUGAAGUCAUAGACCUUAUUUGACCACCUAGAGAAACCACUACAGCCACAGUCAAGUCAUCAUGGGAGUAUGUCUAAUUGGGAGCAAGCUAUGGGAGCGUUCCAGCUCAGUUUUCGUCUUGGCACCUGGGCCUACAGGAGUCAUGGGUCGCACCAUCCUGGUGCAUCAUUUUCUAGGAUGCAACCGCAACCUUUUUAGGAAUCAUUGGGAUUCGUUUGGAAACAAUUAGUGUGUUUUAGUAACUAUUGGUUUUUUUAUAUUACAGACUAUCUGUUAAAUACACUAUGUUUUUUUUCCAGAUUUAGGUUACCUCUGUUUUUUUUUUUUGACAUAUUUGUAUAUUAGAUUAUUUGGUUCCCAAACUUUGUAUCUACGGUAACUUCUUGUGCACAGGAAUAAGCCUAGAGAAAAUUAGGUUUUUAAUACUUUAUUAUUGCUUUGAUAUUGGUUUAUGUAAUUCGGGUAAAUUUAUAUUUUAAUAUUACUAGCUUGUUUCCCAAAUAUUUUACUGUUAUUUGCUUUAUUCCAUUUGUUCGGUUAAUUUAUGUCAUCGUCGGUAUUUAUCUCAACUUCAUUUCUAUUUCAUUCCUUGUAUAUUUAACUUGCAUACUUCAUUAUUGUAUUUUCCCUUAGUGAGGCUUGGGCCUAUUUAUUUGUAGUAUUUUCAUCUUUGUCAGUUUCCUUUAGUUGUACGUAGCAGGCGUACUAUAACCAUUUGGUAGAAGACUCAUGUGAGUUGUACCCUAUAUAUAUGUAAGAGGUAUUUAAGUUUGUAACAGAUAACAUUAUUGUUGUUAUCUUUAAAAUAUAUAUAGCUUCUUGUAUAACUUAUGUCAUUUUAGAGUUACAUGAUAUAUGCUUGUCUAACUCAGAGAUUGUUAAAAAUCUAGUAGUUAUUUUAAUAAAUAUUUAUUUAUUUUGUAUAUCAUGAAUUUUAUUAUUCCUUUAUGUUUGUUAUUACAGGUUUGAUAUAUUUAAUAUUUGACAGCAGUAUAAGAUACCUGGGAAAAUGAUCGAAGAUCAUUUUCAUGGCGCCCAUGAUUAGUUAGUUUAUUUAUUUUGUUCGUUUUUAGUCAUUAGUCAUCUUCAUUCAUUUUCAGUACAUUAUUCUUAUUUUAUUAUUUCAUCUUUUAGUCAUCAUUACUAUCUAUAUAGAGCUACUGUUCUUCGACAGGCAUGCAAACGAGCCGUAUCCAUCCUUGAGUGUCAAGUGGUUUUCUUGCAUCUCUUGCUAGCCAACUCUAUUCAGUUUGCCUCUGUCUCUUCCCACUUCUACUUCUAUCCCUUCUAAUUCCCCUUUCUUCAGUACAACUUUAGUAGUAUUUUUUAUUUUUUUUUCCUUACUUCUGUUGGAGUACCUAUAUCUUUCUUUUUACUUUCACUCCAACAGAAGUUUUCUCAUUUUUGUUACACAAGGAAGGAACUUUGAGAGCGAUCUAUUUCAAGGAAUCUGUGAUAAACUAGGCAUGAAGAAGACAAGAACCACGGCCUAUCACCCGCAAUCGGAUGGAAUGGUGGAGCGUAUGAAUAGGACAGUUGGCAAGUAUUUGACAAAGAUGGUGUCCAAUCAUCAACGAGACUGGGACCAGUACCUUCUGUUCUUCGCAAUGGCCUAUAGAUCUGCUGUUAAUGAAUCAACUGGCCAAACACCAGCAAAAGUCCUAUUUGGACGUGAGAUGCGUCUACCCUGUGAUCUAGAGUUUGGAUGUCGACCUGGAGAAGAUGUUGCUGGUGAGGAUUACGUGAAUGAAUUACGAAGAAGAAUGGACGAUAUACAUGAGUUGGUCCGUUCUAAUCUUCAGAUCGCUAGCGACCGAAUGAAGAAACGAUACGAUACCCAAGCCGAGAGGGGAUGUUUCAAGGAGAACGACAAAGUCUGGCUUUAUAAUCCAAAGAAGCGAACAGGUUGUUCUCCCAAGUUGCAGCAGUUCUGGGAAGGUCCGUACCUCAUUGUCAAGAAAAUCAAUGACGUUAUCUACCGAAUAAGCAAGAUUCCUAGGGGAAAGCCGAUGAUAGUCCACCAUAACCGGUUGGCGCCGUACGAGGGAGACCACGACGUAGAUGAAGAAGUGGAAGUCAACCAAAUUCGAGGAAUACCUGACCUUACCUUUGAAGAGUUCAUGGGUGCCUACGGAGGUACCGGUAAAGCAAGACAUGGUGUUACCACUGAAGAAAAGCGAGAUCUUCUCGCACUUCCCGAUGACUACUCGCUGGCCCAUACCAUCCCGGCCAGUAUCAAAGACGCACGAGGGUUGGCAUCCGCCUUCCGAAGGAAGUUUGGUCGAGUUGCAGAACUUCAAUGCCAACUGCCAGCUCCUGGCAAAGCAUUGAAACUCCAAGAUGCAUCACGUUACCUAUUCUAUCUGGUAACAAAAGACACUGUCCGUGACCAACCUACCUACCAAGAUGUAUGGGAUGCAUUAAUUCAAUUGAGAGAGCACGUGUUGGAGUCCGACGUGCAAAAGUUAGCCAUACCAAAGUUAGAAUGCAGCCAAUUAGACUGGAGAGUUGUCCGAAAUAUGGUAGAAGAAAUUUUCCAAGACACCGAGGUCCAGGUGUUAGUCUGUUGCAAUCCGCAUAGUUACUGGUGCGGAAAGAAGACCGUCCCCUGUCACUUUUAUACAACUGGGAGUUGUAAAAGAGGGUCCAGUUGCCGAUACCAGCAUCCAGUUCCAGUCCUGACAAGGUUCCAGGAGGAACCAUCUUUUAAGGAGGGGGCAAUGUGACGAAUUUCUAACUGAGGCCGGCCCUGCCCCUAGUAGUCAACAAACAACAGCGACACGUCAUCGACGAGUAAUGUCUCCGCUAAUCCAGAAGUUUCCCCGAUGAUAGGCGUGGACCCGCCUCAGGCCUUCCAAAUGUUCUCGAAGCAGAGCCGUAUCUAUAUAAGCGGAUGAUUUUUAAGCAGCAGGCAGUCAGUUAAUAUAUUCGACGCGAUAUAUUGUUUUAUUGUUUGAUCGGGUUGCUGAAAUGUAUGUAUUUUUAAAGUAGAUAAGUCGUAUUUGUAAAUAAAUUAAAUGUUAGAAAGUGUAAAAUAAAUUAGAUAUUGUUGUUAAAUAAGUGUUAAUUGUAAGUGUUAUAAAUAAACAAUUUCAAGUAAGUCUUUUAUUUAUUUAAUAAUAAUUAAAAGUCAAUUCGCGUAAUAUUUCCUAA